AUACGAUCCCGACGUCCGGUAUCGCCGUAAAAGAGUGCUUUGUGUGCCGACUUGGGUCGACUAUGCGACCCCGGGCCAUCGCCAUCGUUCGCCGUCCGGAGAAAAUCCGGUGCGGUUUAUUUUUACUCGCACGGCGGCUCUACACGUGUCGUCGAGAUGCGAGAUGUUCCAUUGGAUUUUCGCGUCUAGUGAUUUUCUCGUCGCCUGCUGCGUUUCGGCCGUUCGCUCGAUCGGUGGUCCGUCUCUAUAGAUACCGCGCAUAUAUACGUUCUUUGUAUAUCUGUCCCUCUCGCUCUCUUACCGCUCGAUCCCGACAGUUCGCUGUCAUGACAAAGAGAACAAAAGACGAAGACUGGAAUUUGACGCAUCGCUUGACGAGACGAUACGAUCGGUUUUGUCGUUGAACGAUCAUCAGUGAAUUUUCUCUCUUUCUCACUCUCUCUCUCUCUCUCUCUCAUCCAUGGUGGAAGAUUGUGUCAUCGCGUCCAGAUAUUGAAGAGAGGCAUUUCCAUGUUUGGUGGGAUCCUUGAUACAGCGGAAUCUUCGCGGUGGAUACCAAGGAGUGUCGCAAGAGGAGUAUCGCCGGAGAAGUUUAAAUCCACGAAAAGAAGGAGGGGCAGAAGAGGAAGGACGUCGACCGGAUCCGGAGUAAAGCUGGAUUCGUCGCAUUCGUCCGACGACUGUCGCAGAAUCUCUGGAAGAGUUCAAGAUUUCAGGGACAAAGAAAAACGUUCUCGUUUUAGCGCGAGAGAGAAAGAGAGAUAGACAAAAAUAAGUUGACAAUACGAUGGAAACGAAAAGAAUCCAUCGAUCGACAAUAGAAAUCUUCGAGAAGAACGGACCUCGAUCGGGCGAAUUGCCGAUCGCGUUGAUGCAUAGAGCGAAAAUAAGCGAUCUCCUGGCGAGGCAGACGAUGGCCUGGUGCCGGCAAACGUUGCAAACGUUUCCCAUACGAAUGACGUUGAACAACGUCGGAUUGUUGACGGUGUUCCUAGCGAUAGUGUCGCCACGAUCCCUUAUUUACAGCCUUAUUUAUCCGAUUUUCAGAUUAGUUUUUGGCACCCUCUACCCGGCAUACGCUUCCUACAAGGCGGUGCGCACGAAGAAUGUCAAGGAAUAUGUCAAAUGGAUGAUGUACUGGAUCGUGUUCGCGCUAUUCACGUGCGCAGAAACUUUUACUGAUGUCUUCUUUAGUUUUUGGUUCCCAUUUUAUUAUGAGAUUAAAAUCAUCUUGGUACUGUGGCUGCUGAGCCCGGCUACCAAGGGCUCCAGCAUCCUUUACCGACGCUUCGUGCAUCCCGCGUUAAUCCGUCGUGAAGCCGAGAUCGACGAAGCCAUAGCACGCGCAACUGAGCAGGGUUACACGGCGGUGUUGCAUCUUGGUACCAAGGGAGUGAACUAUGCCACCACGGUCCUUAUGCAGACCGCUAUUAAGGGCGGCGGCGGACUGGUGCAACAAUUGAGAAAAAGUUACAGCCUCAGUGAUCUAACCGGCGAAAAGGAGGACGAAAAUAGAAACACACCCGACGCGCGUGACGAGACAGACAUGCAAGUAGAACCUCGUCGAAGAGAGCAUACAGGAAGAAGGGGUUACAGCCCUCGCAGAACCCAGUCCAGCAGCAACGCGUCUCGAGUGGACAUGUAUUUUUCCGAAGUGGAUGUCGACGUUCGACAACCAAGGCCUAGGGAACCCAUAGCUAGUUUAACAAAUAUAAGGUCUUCGGACGACAUAUCUAGCGGUUACAGUAGCGGUGAGGCUCUGCAGUCUCAGCGCAUUACUUCUCAGGUUGACUCCUUAGUAAGAACGUCGAGCGUCGGCGCGAGAACGCGCGUGAAGCCUCGUUCCACCACGAAGAAGACACCAGAAGACAGGGACGAGGAUUUCAACCGCAUCGACCUUCCAUCUCCUGAAAAUGUCUCCCUCCCGUCGUCACUGAAUGUUCUCACUCCCGAACAAGCUGUCGAGCUUCUGCUAUUGUUUUCUCAGAGUAAGAAAUUUCAAAAUCGCCCGAUACUUGAAUCCAUGUCUUGUAUCGAUGAAUCCGCGAACGAAAAUCGAUCCACGACGAAAAUAGAAGAAUACAGCGAAUCGUCAUCGACAGAGUCGAGUAAUGAAUUCGUAGACACAAACACGGCUCAAGUAGACUUACAAACGGUGCAAACUAUAGAAAUCGAGAAUAUCUCAAUGGAAAAGCUAUCGAUACCUGCAGUGGCAGAAAGCGCAGAUGAAAUAAACGUCAAUAAUUCGAUAAAAGAACUUGAUUUUCAGCAGGCUGAAUCUAAUGUACAAAUUGAACAUAUUAAUAAAGAUUCGAGAGAUAGUCAGGUAGACUCUUCCCGAAACCCCGAUAUUGGUGCCGAUAUUGAACGAGUAAAUAGCGAAAUAUGUCAAGAAAAGUUCAUUGAGCUGAAGGAAUUGUUAGACGAUGCGCAUAAAGUUGCGAGAAGCAUCGUAUCUUCUCAAGAAAAAUUGAACACGAUCGACAAAGGUAAAGAACAGAACGUUAGUGUACCAGAAAUGAAAGCUGAUGAUUCUUCGAGCAAAGAAGAUUGCGAUACUACGAUCCAGCGUUCUGUUACGCCGAUUUCAUCGAGUUGCAAUCUUGAUGGCGAUAAUCGCGCAGGUAAAUAUCAUAAAAAACCUGCUCCAAAAGCUCCAAUAGAAUCUUCAACUGAAACAAUAAUAAAUGAUGAAGCUUCAACUGAAACAAUAAUAAAUAAUGAAGACACCGACGAAGAUAUGUCUCAGAACGCCCUGAAAGCUACUUUGGUUAUUAAAACUGGAACGGUAAGAACUAUUUCAAAUGCGGAUGCUACGAAAGAUAUUUUCUUAGCGCAUACGACGGAUAUGAAAAAGAAGAAGAAGAAAUCCAAUAGAUCACGCGCUAAAGAGAGUUUUUCCAAAUUAUUAACAAUCCCGAAGAAUAUCUUUCACAACGCUUUCCACAAGGAACAAAGCGAAACUUCUUCUAAAGAGGAUGAUUCCAGUUCCACGUUGUCCGAGACCAGUGAAUCAGCAUCAAGAUCGGGUAGUAUUGGAUCCCAGAUGUUCGUGGACGCAUCCGCCAAAUUAUCAACUUCAAUUUCUGCUGAAAAAUUGGAUACUUUUAUCGUACCGUUGAAUGAAACAGAUCUCAAUAAAAUUGAACCUAAUGAGACUGUAGACGAUGCAAGAAAUAUGAAGAAUUUUGAAAAUUAUGAAAAGAAUCUUGAAACUAAAUCAAACUUGAAGAUUCGCGAGAUAUCUCAGUCGCUGCCUUGCAGCGGCAAAAAAGAGAUUAUCACCGAUAUUAAUUAAAGUCAUUUCAUAGAAAUUAUUUAAUCGCAUAAUUACAUUAUAUUUAUUUUUACUAAAGUAUAAGAAAAAAAGCUUGUUCCUCCUGCUCUCUCCCAUUUUCCUACAUUUCUUAGAUAUUUUAUCCUAAUCGGAAAUCCGGACAGAAGAAAUGGACUGAUCCAUUAAGAUCAUUACGAGUUUCGCUACCUUGCCUCGCAGUAAGAAGACCAGUAAGAAGAAGGUGGCAUGAAAC